AGCUUGCAAUAGCAUAGGAGAGAAUGAAUUGAUACUGCAUAGUUCACCUGCAUAGAGUUUGAUCUUGAGAUUUCGGGAUCGAGCUUCACUACCUUCUUUCUCUCAUGCAGGAUGUUAAAAAGAAAGAAAGAAAGAAAAAAAAUAUAUAUAUAUAUACUGCAGUAUAUGCAAGUAUAUGCAUGGUGAAAUUAAAAUCUAAAUAAAUAAUAAGUUUUUCUAAAACUAUAUAUAUAUGCAAUUUCUCUUUAAUAUUUUUCAACCACCAACAUCAAAGGAGAAACCUGGAAGAAUCAUAUAAUUUUCCAUGGAGAAGGCCAAAAUCUUAAGCCAUGACAAGUUGAUAGUUUCAUGAAAGAAAUUACUUGUGGAAAAUGAAAGAGAGAGAUUAUAAUUUAGGAGGAGGCAACAAAAAUGCCCAUUGACAAGGAGGCAGCCACUUAGAUGGCUACCAAGAACUAGAAGAUUGUUACUGUAGAACUACAGUAGUUGGACUCUGUCCCAUCUUAUCAUUCUCUAUCUUUCUUUUUCUUUCCAUAAAUCAUUUGCUUUUCUUCUCCAGGAAAAUCUAAAUAUCCCUGCAACUAUUCAAGAAUUUUGGGUUCUUUCUGGAAGCUCGCAUUAUUUCAUUGAGUCACACAACAAGAAAGCAAAUUUUGUUCAGCCAAGAUGCGGAGCAUGGUUAGCUCCGCCAACCCAAAAGGCAUUGCUGCCAUUGUAGGCGUUGGUCCGAAGCUCGGUCGAUCCAUUGCUCGGAAAUUCGCCCAUGAAGGCUACACUGUUGCCAUCCUUUCCCGAGACUUAGGGAGAUUAUCAAGAUUUGCAGAUGAGAUAGCGAGAGAAGAGAAGGCGCAAGUGUUUGCAAUAAGGAUAGACUGCUCAGACCCGAGAAGUGUAAGAGAAGCAUUUGAAGGUGUUCUUUCACUUGGAUUUGUAGAAGUUCUCAUCUACAAUGCAUAUCAACCAUGUUCUUGGCUCCCUACAAGUUUCACUGAUAUUCGUAUCGAUUCCUUCGAGAAGUCCCUUGCUGUAUCCUCCGUGGGUGCCUUUCUUUGCUCCCAGCAGGUAAUUCCAGGCAUGGUGGAGAGAGGAAAGGGGACAAUUCUAUUCACUGGAUGUUCAGCUUCUCUACACGGCAUUGCUGGUUUCUCUGACCUAUGCUGUGGAAAAUUUGCUUUGAGAGCUCUAUCACAAUGCUUAGCCAGGGAGUUUCAGCCUCUGGGAGUGCACAUCGCCCAUGUUAUCAUCGACGGCAUCGUUGGCCCACCAAGGGGACCAUCAAGCUCACAGAGGACAUUAAUGGGGGAACAACAACAACAACAGAGUAUAGGUGGAGAGGGAGUGAUGGACCCAGACUCGCUGGCUCAAACCUACUGGCACUUGCAUGUUCAGGACCGAACCGCAUGGACCCAAGAAAUCGACCUUCGUCCCUCCAAUUCCAUCCCUAGAUUCUGCUAAUAAACAAGCUCCUUUUCACUAUUUUCAAAUCUCAUAAACUCUCAACUUGUUUAAAUUCCUUUCCCAUUUGUGACCUAUACUUCGUCCAAGUGGUCUGAGUUGAAAAGGGUUUUUUUUUUAAAAAAAAAAUUUAAUAAUUCCAUACCAGGGUUCUUUUAAUAAUUUGAUUUUGGUUGUAUACUAAUUUAUGAUUAUCAAGUGUGAAUAAAAGACUUUAGUUUUGGCCAUUA